AUGGAAUCAGAAAACCAAACAGGCUUAGCAGAAUUCCUCCUCCUGGGCCUCUCAGAGAAUCCAGAACUGCAGCCCCUUCUCUUUGGAAUGUUCCUGACCUUAUACUUGAUCACUGUGGCCGGUAAUCUGCUCAUCAUCCUGGCCAUCAGCUCAGACUCCCACCUCCACACCCCCAUGUACUUCUUCCUCUCCAACUUGUCCUUCAGUGACAUCUGUUUCAGCACCACUACGGUCCCCAAGAUACUGGUGAACAUUCAGACUCAGAGCAAAUCCAUCAGUUACACAGGCUGCCUCACCCAGAUCUGCUUUGUCCUUGUUUUUCCUUGUUUGGAAAAUUGUCUCCUUGCAGUAAUGGCCUAUGACCGUUAUGUGGCCAUUUGUCACCCACUAAGGUAUACUAUCAUCAUGAACCCCCACCUGUGUGGCCUGCUGAUUCUACUCUCCUUGCUCGUUAGCAUCAUGAGCACCCUGCUCCACAGUCUGAUGGUGCUGCAUUUGUCCUUCCUCAUAGACCUGGAAAUCCCCCAGUUUUUCUGUGAACUUCCUCAGGUCCUCAAGCUUGCCUGUUCUGAUACCCUCUUUAAUAACAUCCUGCUAUAUUUUAUGACUACAAUGGGCUAUGACUGCUAUGUGACCAUCUGCCCCCCACAGACAUACACCAUCAUCGUGAACACCUGCCUCUAUGGCUUGCUGUCCCUACUGUCCUUAUUAAUCAGCAUUGUGAAUGCCCUACUUCACAGUCUGAUGGUGUUGCAUCCGUCCUUCUGCACAGACCUGGAAAUCCCUCAUUUCUUCUGUGAACUUGCUCAGAUUGUCAACCUCGCCUGUUCUGAUACCAUCAUCAAUUACAUCCUAGUGUAUUUUGUGGCUACUACAGGCUUUGGUGUGUACAUCAGUUCUGCAUUUACACACUCUUCUAGCGAGACAGCAGUAGCCUCAGUGAUGUACAGUGUGGUCCCUCAAAUGAUGAACCCUUUUAUCUAUAGCCUGAGGAACAGGGACAUGACAGGAGCCUUGAGGAAAAUCACCAGUAGGAUACCAUCAUUUUAG